UGGCAGCACGGUCGCGAUUGACAGAUUGAUUACCAUUCUAGAACUGCAACACAGUGUUUCACGUUGUGCAUUACGCAAAGUUUAUCUACCGGUAAAGUGUGUAAAAUAUCGUCAAAACCAAUCCAGCAAUGGCAACGCAGUUCCUGAAUCGUAUCGGUCAGCUCGGUCUAGGAGUGGCCGUCAUCGGCGGUGUUGUAAACUCGGCGUUAUAUAACGUUGACGGUGGCCAUCGGGCGGUCAUUUUCGAUCGAUUCAGCGGCGUCAAGCAGCAGGUGACCGGCGAGGGCACACACUUCUUCGUGCCGUGGGUGCAGCGGCCGAUCAUUUUCGACAUUCGGUCGCAGCCGCGCAACGUACCGGUCAUCACCGGUAGUAAGGAUCUGCAGAACGUCAACAUCACGCUCCGUAUUCUGUUCCGCCCGGUGCCGGACCAGCUGCCAAAGAUCUACACCAUCCUCGGGCAGGAUUACGACGAGCGGGUGCUGCCCUCCAUCACGACGGAAGUGCUGAAGGCGGUCGUGGCCCAGUUCGAUGCGGGCGAGCUGAUCACGCAGCGUGAGAUGGUGUCGCAGAAGGUGUCGGACGAUCUGACCGAGCGUGCCGCCCAGUUCGGCGUGAUACUGGACGACAUCUCCAUUACGCAUCUCACGUUCGGCAAGGAGUUUACGCAGGCCGUCGAAAUGAAGCAGGUCGCACAGCAGGAGGCCGAGAAGGCCCGCUUCAUGGUGGAGAAGGCGGAGCAGAUGAAGCAGGCGGCCAUCAUUACGGCGGAGGGUGACGCACAGGCCGCCCAGAUGUUGGCCCGUUCGCUCAAAGAGUCCGGCGAUGGUUUGAUCGAGCUGCGACGUAUUGAGGCGGCUGAGGAUAUCGCUUACCAGAUGAGCCGGUCGCGUGGCGUCAACUAUUUGCCGGCCGGGCAACAGACGCUGCUCAGUCUCCCACAGUAAGGGGGGUGGGGUAGAAGAGGGCAGAGGAGGUUGACCCCAGCUCGAAAGCUUACAACUUUAAAAUAACGACGUUGUGUGUCGGGAGAGAAUUUGGUUUAAGUCGAAAUGCUGUUUUACUGUCCACCACCAGAUUACGUUGAGCUACGCAAAUGCCAAAUAGCGGGGCGGACUAAUACUAGUUACGAGAGGAUCGAGUUGUUUUAUUGAAGGUACCUCUCCUUCGCUACCGCGACAAAGCGGUCAACAACCCCUUCUUAAAUGCAUUAGGAUCGUUCAUCGGAAAUGCAUUUUGGUGGACGUUGGAAGCAUUUGCGCACGUGCGGUUCUUCAGCCCGGUGGUGUUUAUAAUAGAAAUAGCGUUAGAAAGGUAAUUUCGGGGGAAGAGGAUACCGUCUCACCAGGGUGGAUAUGAAUCCUUAGCACCGCAUGAAAGCAUUGGUGUAAACAGUGCAUUUAAGAAAAAGAAAUGGCGAGGAAGAUUAAAUCAUUAUUGAAUACCUCAAA